UCAGCGCACUACAAGGACCGAAAAAAAGGAAAAAAAAAUUUUGACAAAAAAAAGGGAGUUGACCUAUGGCCAUGAGACUGCUAACAACUCCAAGUGCUCUAUCUCACCCAACAAAGCUCUUCUUCGUUUCAUCGCCAAAACCCAGCUCAAGAGCAAGCUCCAUCUUUCAACCAAGACCCUUGUGCAGAGUUUUCACGAGGAAAAUGGUGGUCACGGCAUGUGUAAAGGUGGAGGAAGCGAACGUGAAAGAAACUGCUAAACAAGAAUGGGGCAAGGUGUCGGCAGUGUUUUUUGACAUGGAUGGUGUGUUGUGCAAUAGUGAGAACCCUUCUAGGAAGGCAGCUGUUGAUGUUUUUGCAGAAAUAGGUGUCCAAUGCACUGCCGAGGACUUUGCUCCUUUCACUGGAAUGGGUGAAGCAAACUUUUUAGGGGGCGUUGCUAAUGUGAAAGGUGUUAAAGAAUUUGACACUGAGGCAGCAAAAAAGAGAUUCUUUGAGAUAUAUCUGGAUAAGUAUGCAAAACCAAAUUCUGGAAUAGGAUUCCCAGGUGCUCUUGAGCUCAUUACUCAGUGUAAAAACAAAGGUUUAAAAGUCGCUGUUGCAUCCAGUGCUGAUCGUGUCAAGGUUGAUGCUAACUUAGCUGCAGCCGGAUUGUCAAUUUCAAUGUUCGAUGCUAUUGUGUCAGCAGAUGCUUUCGAGAAUCUGAAACCUGCUCCGGAUAUUUUCUUAGCUGCGUCAAAGAUAUUAGAUGUUUCCCCUGAAGAGUGUAUUGUUAUUGAAGAUGCUGUGGCUGGAAUACAGGCAGCUAAUGCAGCAAAUAUGAGAUGCAUAGCUGUGACUACUACUUUGAGAGAAGAGGCUCUAAAAGCUGUCGGUCCAUCAUUUAUCAGAAAUGAUAUAGGAAGUAUUUCGCUUGAUGAUAUUCUCAGUGGCGGCUCGGGUGGUUAUAGUCUGUAGUCCUGAGAAUAUGCUUCUAAUGUCAUUUUAUACAAUCAACGUUGUAAAACGGUGAUGCUUUUUAGUGUUCUAUUUUUUAAGAUAAACUCUUGUAAUGGGAUCCUAUGUAGUGGGAAAUUUUCAAUUCUAUUGAUAAAGUCCAUCCUUGUGCACUAA